UUACCUCUUUCUGCUCAUCCAGUAUCCCACAGAAAGUAUAAUUUUAUUUAUGUUUAGGAUGUUUUUUAAAAUCUUUUGUUAGCCAUGGUUUGUUUGUGAAAACUAAAAUUUUCUUGUCAUCCUGCACAGAAGUUGAUGUAUGAUCCCAUGCAGUUCAUUCAAAACAGCCUCUAAGGACCUCAAGCGCUGAAGAUACACACGAACCUACAAAGAGAGGGGUGUUACUCGCUUCACUGAUAGCAUCUUAUCUUCUCUUUUGUUCUCAGUUGUGAAUAAAUUAAAAGCGAGAAUUUGAAUGUUCAUCAACACUUUACCUUCAAACACUGAGAAGGAAACAGAAGAAGUGGACGACUUCAGAGCAUCCAUCAGACAUCGUUCUCCAAAGAUGGCCAACCUGUGGUGGAUCACUGUAACACUGACCUUCUUUCUGUCUUCUGGAUGUUUGGCUGCAGUGGACCAGAACAAGCUGGCUCCUCUUAUACAACAGAUAAGGAAUCUCAAGGGGAACCAGAUAACUGGAGUGUACAGUGUGGCUGUAAGCAUGCCCAGGGAUGACCCAUAUAACCCACAGAAAGUGCCGCAACUAACACAGGACAACAUAAAGCAGAUUAAUAAAUAUGGAUUGUACAAAACUGGCAGACUAGCUUUCGCCCUAAAACUUCAACAUAGUAAAGUUCAUGCAGAGUCGCGUCUUCUGACAGACUUACAUCUGGUAAACCAAAAAGGUGAUAUGUUGGUCAUCUUUGCUAGUGACUCCCCAUGUUAUCGUCAUUGUGCAAAUCCAAAGAGCAAUUAUACUAUCAUUGACAAGAUUAAAGCUGUGAUUCGAGGAGGGGAAUGGGGGAACCGUUUCACCCAACCACUCACAGAGGAUGUGACCUCUGACCCCGGCAGUGUUUGUGCCUUCUCUUACCAUUGA